UCCAGACAAUCGUGAUGAACGACUGCAUCAUCCGCGGGGACCUGGCGAACGUGCGGGUUGGCCGGCACUGCGUGGUGAAAAGCCGCAGUGUCAUCAGACCACCCUUCAAGAAGUUCAGCAAAGGGGUGGCCUUUUUCCCUCUCCACAUCGGCGAUCACGUCUUCAUAGAAGAGGACUGCGUGGUCAACGCCGCCCAGAUCGGCUCCUAUGUCCACAUAGGCAAGAACUGCGUCAUUGGUCGUAGAUGCGUUUUGAAGGACUGCUGCAAAAUCUUGGACAACACAGUACUACCUCCUGAAACAGUAGUCCCGCCUUUCACAGUCUUCUCGGGCUGCCCAGGACUCUUCUCUGGGGAACUCCCAGAAUGUACCCAGGAGCUCAUGAUCGACGUCACAAAGAGCUAUUACCAGAAGUUCUUGCCGCUCACUCAGGUGGCCUCUGCCAGGGUCUAAAACCAAGCCGCCACUGAAGAUCUCAAACACCCAGCACUGUUAACAUCCCUUAGAUUUGGCCACUUUUUCCUCCUGCCCUCCGAAGCACCCCUUGACCUGGGCUCACCUCUACGCCUCCGCCAGCUCUGGAAGGACGGAGC